AUGAUUUUAUAAAAUGUUUUGCUUUAUCACAGACAAAUAUGUGGAAUUUCUAUAAUGAUAAUUUGGACUUAUUCAAUUUAAAUAGAUUUACUAUAAAUAUCUAUUAAAAAUACUCUAUUUAAAUUUGUUUACUCAAUCAAUUAACUUGAUGCUAGAUCAAUGCAUAUAAUAAAUAGUUAGUAAUUAAAAAAAAAGCAAAAUCAAUUUUAAAUAUUACAUUUGAUGAACAAUAGCAGUACUUAUGAAAAUGAAAGCUAAGAUACACGUGAGCAAUAAGAAUAGCUUGAAAAUUAAUUAAUAUAACAACAUGAAAAUUAAACUUCAGACUAGUCCAAUAAGUUGAUAGAAGAAUAUCUGCAAAAGGCUGGAGGUUUUAAUAGAUAUCAGAAGAUCAUGCUUAUCUUCUUCUUUUUUGUAAUGAUGAUAAUUUCGAUGGUAAAUCUAAGCUAAUCAUUUAUCUACCUUCCUCCUAAGUUCAUUUGCGAUCAAUCAGAGCAAAAGGCUUUUAGUAAAGUUGUGAAAUAAGGAUAUGGAGAAACUAAUAUUAAUUCUGAAUAUUAUGAUAAACUUCAUAGAUAAAUUUAAACAGACAUAAAUAACUCUGAAUAAAAGCAGACAUACUAAGAGAACAUCUAGAAUAAUGUGGAAUGUGAAGAAUCUGAAGGAGGGUGUAAAGCCUAAAUAUUAGCUCCCAAUUAAAAAUCUACUUAUGCGAUUUAAUUAGAGAUGUAUUGUGAUUAAUCUGAGUUUAGAGAAAUAGCAUGUUCUUUACUUUUUGUAGGUAGUGUCAUUGGUAGUAUUUUACUUGGUAUUGUAGGAGAUAUUUUUGGGCGUAAAAAAAUCUUGAUUAUGUCAUGGGCAGCUUCAAGCCUAUCUAUAGUAGGGAUAACUUUAGCACAGAGCAUUCCAUUACUGAUUGUAAUGAAUUUUACAUUUGGAUUUUUUUCUUAGCCUGUGUAGAACUUAUUAUUACUGUUGGUUAAUGAAGAAACAUCCGAGUCUCAUAGACAAUUUUCAAGCUAAAUGCUAAUGGUAGCAUGGGCAAUAGGUGAAAUUUGUUUACUGCCUCUAGCAUAUCUUAUAAAUGACUAUAGGGAUUUAAUGUUUUAUUGGAUUAUGAUCCCUUCUCUUUUAUUAAAUAUCCCAUUAUUUUUUGUAAUAGAAUCUCCAAGUUAUUGCCUCUCUAAGAAUCUAUUGGAUAAGACGAUAUAAUGUUUCUAAAAAUUGGCUAAGUUUAAUAAGAAAGAAUUUGAAAUCGGCGAUUAGUUAUUUUAAGUUGAUUUUCAUAAGGAUUUUAAAGAUGAAAGCAUUUGGUUUAACAUUUUUGCUUUGUUUAAGUUCAAAUCAUUAAGAGGAAUCACAAUUGCUUCUUCCUUGAUUAUGAUAUGCACCUAUGUUUUUUAUUUCGGUUCUGAAUUUGCUUUAGAAGGAGUUGGGUAUAGUUUAUAUUUAAACUAAGCAGUUGCAAGCUUUGGUGAAUUAAUACCUUUACUAGUUGGAGUUUUUAUAAUUCCAAAGAUAAGAAGGAAGGUAGGUUCUAUAAUUGCUAAUAUUGGUUGCAUCCUGAUUUGUUUGAGCUAUUCUAUUUUUUCUGAUAAUGCAUUAUAAACAAGUUUUGUAGGAUUGCUCAGAGUUUCUAAUGGAUUUUAGUUUGGUAUUUUCUAAGUCUAUAUCCCUGAGCUAUUUCCAACACAAGUAAGAUCAGUUGGUACAGGUAUUAUUUUUGGACUAGGAAAUCUAGGGAGUGUCUUGGCUCCUUACAUUGUUAGCCAAGCUAGUAAAAUUGAACUCCCAAAUAUGGUCUUGAUAGGUUUGGUGGGUGUGAUAGGAUUUUUAGCAUGUUUCUUUUUAUAAGAAACUUUAAAUAAACCUCUUGAAAAUUAAAUUAGAGAAUUAAAAAACUAAGACUAAUCAACAAACAUAUUUAGUUCUGAUAAAAAAGAAAAUGUGAAAUGA